CGAAACUAGAAAAAAAACGAUCCGGUUUGAGUGCGGUUGCGAAUAAAAUCAGGUAAGUACAAUCGACGACUGGUUCACAUAUAUUGGACAUCGUGCUCGCUUUUCAAAACGCAUGUAUUAACUUAAACCUGUCGGAUAUUGCAAAUGGCCGCUAUAUAGGUACACACCUCGAAAUAUGGCUUUUUUCGAAGUAAAUUUUUUUGGUCAUAGCGUUUCUUCAUAUAAACAUUUAGUAGGAGGCGAACUAGAUGAAACAAUUGGCCACACUUUAUUUUCCAAAAUACACGAUGAAAGUUUUUCCAUACGGGAAGUAAAGGCAGCACGGCAACUCGAUGGAGAGAAAACGACAAUAGAUGUUACCUACCAAUAUUUGUUUUGACAAUCCUAUCGGAGGAGCAAAAUCCACUUUUGAGGCUAUGUUGAUGAACAAAGUCUUGAUGAAACUUAGUCCUUGUUGAAAAACUGGACGAAAAAAUUGCUAGCAUGGUAGCUAUGACAUCUUGUGGCUAUUUCCUGAACAAACAAUUUGCAAACUUUCGAGUUAAGUGUGAGAAACUUACAUCUUCCAUGAUAAAGUAUGCAGAUUUCCUAAAGCAACAGGUCCAAAGAUCAGCAGCAAACAGACAACUAAAUGAGCCGGUGAGAUCAUUGGAUGACAGUAAUGUAAUGCGUGAUGUGCAGGUGUGUUCUGAUGGUGAAUUAAGUGAGCAGUAUACAAAAGUGUACGAGUCCAUAAAACUGCUAAAGGACUUUGAGCCACUUUUCCUCCAUGACUUUGAGCCAGAAGAUGCUUAUGACAAGAAGAAGUGGUUAGCUGCACUGCAGUUACCAUUCCAGACAAAACUUUACAGUCACAAGUCUGGUAACUAUAUAGGUAACUAUACCUUCAUCUGGAAGAGUCCAGCUGACCCAGACGGUGAUCUUCAAGCUGUUACUGCUAUAAAACAUGAUCUGCCGAAGUUUUCCACUCGUGGUAUGAGAAAAUCGUUCUUCUUAGGGUACUCCAAAUGUGGACCCAAACCUGCUGUUUUGCGUCACAUGUAUAGGUUUUUGACAGAAGACGAUACUGCUGCAGAAAGUCGACGUCAAGAAGAAGUUAACAAUAGGGUUACAGAGUUUCUUUUGAACUCUGACAGUACUGAGCUAUUGUACGACUUGAGAAAAAAUAAUGGCAGACCAAAGGACACUAGACUUGAUCCAUUUUGGGAUUUAAUGAGCUCUCAUUUAGACAAUAUUGGUGUUGUAGAUGAAAGGAGACAUGGGGACAAGCUGUAUUUUGGUCAGAUGACAAUAUGGAGAUUAUGCACGUCUCUUCAUUUUGUUCCUACAUCUGUGUUUUAUUAAAAUGCUUUAGUCAUGUAAUGUAUUUUGGUCAGAUGACAAUAUGGAGAUUAUGCACGUCUCUUCAUUUUGUUCCUACGUCAGUGUUUUAUUAAAAUGCUCUAGUCAUUUUAAUAAUGUAUUUUGGUCAGAUGACUAUAUGGAGAUUAUGCAUGUCGCUUCAUUUUGUUCCAGGUCUGUGUUUUAUUGAAAUGCUCUAGUAUGUUCCUACGUCUGUGUUUUAUUAAAAUGCUCUAGUAUAGAGUGAUUUACAUAGUCAUAUUCAUUUUGGUCAGAUGACAAUAUCGAGAUUUUACACGUCUCUUCAUUUUGUUCCUACGUCUGUGUUUUAUUGAAAUGCUCUAGUAUAGAGUGAUAUAGAUAGUCAUAUCAUGUAUUUUGGUCAGAUGACAAUAUGGAGAUUAUGCACGUCUCUUCAUUUUGUUCCUACGUCUGUGGUUUAUUAAAAUGCUCUAGUCAUAUAAUGUAUUUUGGUCAGAUGACAAUAUGGAGAUUUAUAUGCAAGUCUCUUCAUUUUGUUCCUACGUCUGUGUUUAAUUAAAAUGCUCUAGUAUGUUCCUACAUAUGUGUUUUAUUAAGAUGCUCUAGUAUAGAGUGAUUUAAAUAGUCAUAUCAUGUAUUUUGGUCAGAUGACAAUAUGAAGAAUUAAUAUGCACGUCUCUUUAUUUUGUUCCUACGUCUGUGUUUUAUUAAAAUGCUCAAGUAAAGAGUGAUUUAGAUACAUGUAGUAAUAUCAUGUACAUGUAUUCUGGUUAGAUGACAAUAUGGAGAUUAUGCACGUCUCUUCAUUUUGUUCCUACGUCUGUGUUUUAUUAAAAUGCUCUAGUAUAGGGUGAUUUAGAUAGUCAUAUCAUGUAUUAAUGGAUUGAUUACAAUUGCGCAUUGCAUUUGAAGAUAAAGAUGUAUUUCUUUGCAUAAUUUGAUUUGUUGUCUCUAUGUUUAUAAAGGUUAUAAAAGUUA